AUGUCAGAAUAAUAAUCAUUAACAUUUUGUGAUUAUGGAGAACAUAAUAUAAGCUGUGAUACCCAUACUAAUAAGGAUCAUCAUAUUCAUAAUCAUGAUCAUAAUCUUUGUGAACAUGAUCACGAUCAUCAUGAUCACCACGAUCAUCAUCAUCAUCAUGAUGAUCAUUUUGUACCUGAAUUAGAAUAAAGUCAAGAUACAAAAUUUAUUAAAUUCAUAUUUGGAAGUUCUGAUUAUAAAUAAGCUAUAAUAAUAGCAUUUUUAUACAUUGCUCUUGCUGUUUAAGCUUUUUAUUCAGGAUUAACAAGUUCAAGUGUACAUUUGACAGAAGAAAGCUUUGAUUGUAUAUUAAAUGCAAUCGUAAUUGUGUUUGCUAUUUAUUGUGGUAUCAAAGCAAAAACAUUUUAACCAACAAAAACAUUUCCCUUUGGAAUGUAAAGAUUAGAAUAUUUAUCUUCUUUCACAUUAUGCAUUCAUGUAUCAAUAUUAACUAUGUUUCAAAUAUCAAGAAAUGCACAUGAAAUUCUAGAAGAUCUUCAUGUUAUUAAUCAUGUAUUUGAUGAACAUGAAUAAAAUUAAAAAAAUGAAUUGUAUUAUGCUUCAUUGAGAAUAGUCUUGUCAUUUGCAGGAAUCUUCUUAUUUGUAGAAUACAUACAAUCAAAUUUCAUUAAUGACAAAGAAUAAAUUCAAUAAUUUAUACAUAACUAUAAAGAUUUAAUAGGUUCAAAUCCAUCUAAAUAUUAUUACACUCAUUAUUUGAAUAUGCAUGCUAUAACUAUGUUAUUUUUAUGUGAAUUACUAUUUAAUAUAGGUACAUUUCUAGAAUGUAUGCUUGAUAACACUUUGUCUUAUGCAGCCAUAGGUACAAUUAUUGCAAUGACCAACACAAUCAUUAUUAUUGUAUAUAAUAUUUAUUUAACUUUAGAUUCAAUUAUCACCAUUGGUCAAAAUUUCUAUUUAAGCAUUACUCUUGGCAACAAAUGAGAAAUUCACAGGAAUACGAUAAUUGCUAUCAGAAUUCAAUAGUGAUAUAUAUAUUUGGAAUCAUGGAGCUGACUAUAAUGCUAUAAUUAUGGCAGAAGGUUCAAAAAAGAGAGAAAUUAGAUAAAAGAUUAAAGGAAUAGUCAAUAAUAAAUUUAAAAAUUUUUUUGUGAAUAUUGCUUGA